AUAUUGCUUUGGUUUCGCGCGUUUUUCCCAAUUUCGCGCACUAAAUUUAUUUGAAUUUUAAAUAUUGAAUACCGCUGACUCGUAUGUAUUGCAGUUUCAGAUAUGUGCGUAUCUUGUCUAUGAUCUAGUGCCGACCAAAAAUCUGAUGGAUAAAACUGUCAAGAUGGCGGCUGUUCGAGGCAUCGCAUUUUCAAGGUAUUUUAUAUAUUCGUGAUUUUCUUCUAAAUAUGGUAUAAUUUGUGCUCAUUUGGGACUUGUUUACAUGAGAGGCAGUCUUACUCUUAGUGUCACUUUCCCUCGAUUCGGUAUUAUAUCAAUGAUGCCUUUUUUGUUCUGUUGUAAAGAAUUCUAGCAAGGCAGUGUGUUCGAUGGUCACGAGUGAGACAUCUGAGUGCCAUUCCAGCCCAGCAAGAACCCGAAUUUGACACAAGCUUGACAGAGAAGCACUACCCUGAACAUAUUGUGAAUAUAGUGAAUCAAAUCUCACAGCUAACGCUUGUCGAAACUGCAGAACUUAAUGAACUUUUAAAGGUACUCACAGUACUCUAAAUCAUGCCCCAUGGCUGUGUCUGAAACUACCCAUGGAACUCCAUGAAGAAAUAUAUAAUUUAUAUUCUAAAAAUGUUUUAGGCAAAAUUAAAAAUUCCUGACGCCCCUAUGAUGGCAAUGGGUGCUAUGCCAAUGGCUCAAGCCACUGAACAGGUGAGUGUUGUUUUAGAAAAAUACCAUUGUGUUGGCUCUAGUCAACACACAAGGUCACUGCACAUAUAAAUGAAAAGAAGUAACAUUAAUUUCUCAAUCAGCCUAGUAAUUCAUUCAUAUAAACAAAGUUAAGCCUGCCACACACAAAAUAAACUUGCCGAGCUGGCGGCUAGCUUGGCAUGUUUCUUUAUAGUUUUCCUGAGGAUUUAACCUCUUGAGGAAAAUAUUGUGUUUGAUAUUUUUCACCUUGUGAGGAAAAAAUCUCAAUGUCAGCAGAUGGUGGAGCUUUGUGCUGAGAGCACUUGAAUUAACUAGCCAAUGAGAACCCAUAGUUUCUUCAUGUGACUUUUGUCAAAAUGGCAAUAAUGGAGGGAAUGAUCUUAUCAAUGACGAUGCUCUCGAGUAGUUUUUCCAACAUGUGUGGUGAAAAUGUAUAGCUGAGCUAACUGCCACACAAGUUUCUCUUGUGUGCGGCAGGCUUUAAGUGAAACUGUUCAUUUGUUUGUUCUCUCAGAGUGAGGCGGCUGAGGAGGAAAAAGAAGAACAGACUGAGUUCACAGUAAAACUAACUGCAUUUGAUGCUGGUGGAAAAGUGAAGCUUAUCAAAGAAAUAAAGAGUAUUAUAGAAGGAAUGAAUCUUGUUCAGGUAUACAAAAUAAAAUUUUAUUUCUUGAGAAAACAGAGGCAAUUCAGGUCUUAAUUGCAGUGUGAUGUAUCGUCAAAUGUAAUCCACCAUUUUGGGUGGCAAAAAUCUUUUAUUCAACUGACUAUAAUUGCUCAAACAGUCAAGAGUCACACAAUAGUCACACUAAAGAACUUUAAUUUUUUAGGCAAAGAAAUUUGUAGAAAGUGUUCCACAAGUUCUAAAAGAAAAUAUCAGCAAAGAAGAUGCAGACAAACUGAAGACUCUGCUUGAGGCGGUGGGAGGAACUGUUGAAAUAGAGUGACAAUAGUCUUCUGAACUCUAACGCUAUACAGGCUGCCAUUUUGGGGCUUGUGGUGGCAAUGUAAUUGUUUUACAAUGCAUGUUACUGGUGAUGUUGUAGUAAUGUACAUUACAGUAACAAUGCACGUUACUGGUGAUGUUGGUUGGUAAAGCAUGGUCAUGAAAAUAUGGCAGAUUGUUAACAGAAGCUUGAAAAACAAACCAGUGGAGGUAUCAAAUUAAAUAACUAAUUUUGUGCAAUAUUGUCUGAUUUUAGGAUAUCUAACUGUAAGGUCCAUUACAGGUAGUAAGUGGUGGACACUCACCAUAACACACUUUUUUUAUAACACUCAACUCUGUAUGCAUGACACCAAAUUUUGCAACUGAACGAGCUUCUUAGUAUAUGGAACAUGACAUAUAUGUAUAGCUGUCCUAUCUCAUGCAUAAACUAUAAUUUUGAAAGGCCUAUAAAAGUCUGGUACCAAAUAUCACAAUCAUUGUUUAGGAGCAAGUGGCGGUUAUCGUUCCAUGUUUCGCGCACCAAUAUAAGUUAGGGGUUAGGUUAGGGUUAGAGUGUGUAUAUAUGUAUAUGGAGGUAUCCAGUUAACUUUUCAGUACACUAUAAUAUCCAUUACAUAACGUUUACUAUAUUGGUGCGCGAAACAUGGAACGAUUACCCAAGUGGCAAGCAUGCAAUCACACCCAUAUUACAUAAUUGUCAUAUUAAAUAAUGACUAUUAAAUAAAACUUAAGCUAAAGUUAGUAACGUUGCAAGCAAUAUACGAUUCUGUACAAUGCAUGCCAAUGAUGCUCUGUCAGUCAAAUGGCACAACUCAGGACUCUAUUCAUUUCAUCAAGCAACCCUGUUCUGAAAGAUUCACAUACCCUUCGGCAUGCAUGUUAAACAUUUUGCCCCCGCCCCAAUAUUUUGUGAAGUGUCUGCCACUGGAGUGUACCAGUUCCAAUUUUCAAUUCCAAUUUUCUAAUAUAAGGGUUUACCUAUUUUUGUUCUGUAUUUAUAUACAAGCUUUUUUUUGCCAGUAUAAUAACUUUCUUCAAAGCAAAAAAAAACAAUUUACAUAGAUCCUACCCAAUGCUUGUAGACAUUUUAAUCAUUUUUUUACAAAUACUAGACAAUAUUGCUGAUACAAACUCUAUUGGGAAAAUAUACAACAGAACAGGAUUAUAAAACAAACUAUGACUUCCACAUGUCCAUUUACAUUUAAGUCGCUGUCACACAAAACAACAAUAUAGUCCUAAUGUUUUGGGUGUUUAUAGAAAGCAACAAAACUCGGUUUUCAAGUCACACAAUUUCAACAAACAUGCUAUGUUUUUUUCUCCAGAACUUGUCUACAUAUUCCAAAAUAUAUUUUAUAUUUCUUUGCCAUAGUAGUUCAAUUUUGGGAACUAUAAUACAUUUGCAAUCAAAUUUUAUCAAAUUUCAGCAUUGCUAAAGGAAUUUACACUUUUUGUGCAAAGACGAGUCCAUAACGACAUCCUGACUUGAUAGCGAUCGUUUGCGAGUUUCUCGAAAAAUUUCACAACUUUCUAUAUCGUCGUCAAAGGUAUCAGUCCGAGAGUUCCUUCGUCUGUUCCAACUGGUAAACCCAACUGUAGGUACAACAGGUGGUAAUAGAGGAUUAUGUAGGGUGCUAUAUGCAUUAGCACAUUGCAUGCCCAUAUCUUCAGAGGAUCUGUCUUCAACUGAAUCGCAUCUUUGGUAACGAGGCGGUGAUUUUCCACUUAGAUAAGAUAAAAGUUCAUCACGUUUGAUCGAUCGUUUUUUCUUUUUCGCCCAAGCGAUUACUUCACGGUUACGUUUCUUGUGACCGACCUGGUAGCCGGCAUCGAAGUUUCUUUUGUUCGUAUCAAUGCUAUCUGCAAAGUAA